GCUCGGAGGUUUCGGGCCAGCCACCGCCGCGCGAGCUAGAAGCGCCCCAGCCCGGCAAGCUGGCUCACCCGCUGGCCACCCAGCACAGCCCGCUGGCCCCUCUCCUGCAGCCCAUCUGGCGGAGCGGCGGCGGCGGCGGCGGCGGCGGCGGCGGCAGGAGAAUGGCAUCAGAACUGGCAAUGAGCAACUCCGACCUGCCCACCAGUCCCCUGGCCAUGGAAUAUGUUAAUGACUUCGAUCUGAUGAAGUUUGAAGUGAAAAAGGAACCGGUGGAGACCGACCGCAUCAUCAGCCAGUGCGGCCGUCUCAUCGCCGGGGGCUCGCUGUCCUCCACCCCCAUGAGCACGCCGUGCAGCUCGGUGCCCCCUUCCCCCAGCUUCUCGGCGCCCAGCCCGGGCUCGGGCAGCGAGCAGAAGGCGCACCUGGAAGACUACUACUGGAUGACCGGCUACCCGCAGCAGCUGAACCCGGAGGCGCUGGGCUUCAGCCCCGAGGACGCGGUCGAGGCGCUCAUCAGCAACAGCCACCAGCUCCAGGGCGGCUUCGAUGGCUACGCGCGCGGGGCGCAGCAGCUGGCCUCGGCGGCCGGGGCCGGCGCCGGCGCCUCCCUGGGCGGCAGCGGCGAGGAGAUGGGCCCCGCCGCCGCCGUGGUGUCCGCCGUGAUCGCCGCGGCCGCCGCGCAGAGCGGCGCGGGCCCGCACUACCACCACCACCACCACCACCACGCCGCCGGCCACCACCACCACCCGACGGCCGGCGCGCCCGGCGCCGCGGGCAGCGCGUCAGCCUCGGCCGGUGGCGCGGGCGGCACGGGCGGCGGUGGCCCGGCCAGCGCCGGGGGCGGCGGCGGCGGCGGCGGCGGCGGAGGCGGCGGGGGCGCGGCGGGGGCGGGGGGCGCCCUGCACCCGCACCACGCCGCGGGCGGCCUGCACUUCGACGACCGCUUCUCCGACGAGCAGCUGGUGACCAUGUCGGUGCGCGAGCUGAACCGGCAGCUGCGCGGGGUCAGCAAGGAGGAGGUGAUCCGGCUGAAGCAGAAGAGGCGGACCCUGAAAAACCGUGGCUAUGCCCAGUCCUGCCGCUUCAAGAGGGUGCAGCAGAGACACGUCCUGGAGUCCGAGAAGAACCAGCUGCUGCAGCAGGUCGACCACCUCAAGCAGGAGAUCUCCAGGCUGGUGCGCGAGAGGGACGCGUACAAGGAGAAAUACGAGAAGUUGGUGAGCAGCGGCUUCCGAGAAAACGGCUCCAGCAGCGACAACCCGUCCUCUCCCGAGUUUUUCAUAACUGAGCCCACUCGCAAGUUGGAGCCAUCAGUGGGAUACGCCACAUUUUGGAAGCCCCAGCAAUGUAUACUUACAGUGUUUUCAUAAAAAGAAAUUUAUGUAAGAACUGUACAUUAAAAAUUUAUCAUUAUUAUCAUUAUUAUUACUAUUACCAUCGUUUGCAGCCUUAAAAGAGCACCCUGCCCCUGACUUCCAUUUAGUCUCCUUUUUAAAGAAAAACGUGUUAGAGAGGAAGAGUGGUAGGUGUGUAACCUCCAUACUGUGAACUGUGCCUCUGGCCCGAGGGUCUUUCGAUGCCAGCCUAGAGAGAAGCACGAGGGGGCUUCUGUCCUCACGGCGUGCGAAACUAAAUAGGUGCCAUUGUUUUCAACCUGCAAGAUGAGUUUUUAAAAAGCCACUGAAAUUGAAAGGAGAUCUGUAUGCACCUUUAUACGAAGAGAAGUUCCCCAGAAGGUAGCAGCUAGCGUUUUUGAAACAUAUGUAGACACGCACACUCUAAAUAGUACCUUUUCACACUUCAUUGUUCCUCUGGCAGAUAAUUUUACUAAAAAGAAAAAUAUACAUGCCUCCCCCUCCCCAAGCAGAUGCCACAGGCAGAAAGCUUUAGCCAAGUCCCAGCACCCUGGGUUUCCGGUAGGCCCCGGGUAGUAAUAUAUUUAUCAGUGAUGUCAAAC